GCUGCCUCCUGGAGCUUCACUGUAUCAGUGUUGGGAAAGUAUAUAUAUAAUUGUGAUGGACUGACAAAAGCUUCUUGGAGUGAGGGAAAGAACCCUUUCCUAAGAAGCUCCCCCAUCGUAAUGGCCUCUGAACUCCAUGAGACCAUAUUUAUGGCGAAACAGGAACGACACAAAAAUCUGUUCCUGAACUACAGGAACCUCAAUAUCUUUCCUGUGGAGCUGCUGAAGGAUGAGGGCUUACAGUUCUUAGAGAGACUUUACAUGAAGAGAAACUCCCUCACUACCUUGCCUGAUAAUUUAGCGCAGAAGCUACCCAAUCUGAUUGAGCUGUAUCUGCACUCAAACAAUAUUGCCAUUAUUCCAGAAGCUAUCGGUAAUCUUGCUAAGUUACAGUCCCUUGAUCUCAGUGACAAUGCAUUGCAAGUCAUCUGUCCAGAGAUUGGUAAACUGCGUUCUUUACGACAUCUGAGACUGGCCAACAAUCAGCUCAAAUUUCUUCCACAAGAAAUUGGUGAUCUGAAAGACUUAGAAACUCUGGACGUGUCGAUGAACCUGCUCAUGGCUUUACCAGAGAGACUACACCAGUGCCUGUCACUGCAGUGCCUGACUGCCGACCGCAACAACCUGCGCUGCCUUCCACGACAGCUCUGCCAGCUUAGCAACCUCAAUGAGCUCUCUAUGGCCGCCAACUGCCUGGCAUCACUGCCCCUGGAUCUUGGGCGUUCCAGGGAGCUGCAGUUUGUUUUCGUCGACAACAAUGUCCACCUUAAGGGCCUUCCAUCUUAUCUUUACAACAAAGUCAUCGGCUGCAGUGGGUGUGGACUGGCAGCUCAGGUGCGUGAUGUGAAUUUACUGUCCCUGGCCCUGGGAGAGGUGUCUGUGCCCUUGCCAGCCGAGGUCAAGUCCAUUGGGACGGAGGCAGAGCGCGUGGUGCCCCUGGAAGAGCUGGCCAUGAGAGCCCUGCAUCGUACCUACAACCGUCCCCACAGGGAUCUAAAGUUUUUUCCACCUAUACUGUUGCCCAAGAGCUUACUAGACCUGCUGCAGUGUCCGCUUGGCCACUGUCAUCGCUGUAGUCAACCCAUGUUCACCAUUGUCUAUCCCAAACUCUUCCCCCUGAGAGAGACUGCGCUAGCAGGUGUCCACAGGAGAACGACUGUGAGUUUUGUGGCAUACUGCUGCUCCAGCCACUGUGUGCGGAUGUUUGACCUGCAGGGCUGACCUUCGGAGCCGGGAGCAUCUCCCUUCCCACCCCUCACGUGGUGCUCUCGUCGACGAGCCAGAGAAACAUUCUAACCAGCUACAUCACCUGUCCCCUGAUUCUCCAAUGGAAAUCAGGAUGCAGCCUACUAGCAGCAAGAGAGGACAGCACCACAGUGGAAACGGCAGAGAUGGGCGCUGGAUAUCGUGCUUCUCCUUAUCUCUUUGUGUCAUGAUGCAUCAUCAAGAUUAGCAGCAAUCAAUAUUUGAUCUCUCUAAUUACUUUUUGGACGUGUAAAAGGAAAGAAAAAAAGAAUGUUAAGAACUUAUCGAAACCGUUCCGGCGGGAACUCCUUUUCAGUAUUUCAGAACUCCCCACCUCUUGAAUUGUUCAUCUCUGGACUGUACCUGCAGAGUGUGUCAUCUCAGUGAAGGGUAUUUUCAAAAUUUCGUAGUAAUUUUGUACUUCGAGGCCGUUUAUAAGAUGUUUGAAAGCCUUGUUUUCAUAUUUUGAAACAUAUGCCCGUUCCUGCUCAUAAAAAUCCCAAGGUCAUCAUCCUUUAGGAAUGUAGUGAGGUCAAAUAGCAACACAGAUUUUGUGCAAAUUGUGCUAAUUAUUUAUUUUAUUUUAAUUUCAGUGCUUUACUGAAUGUUUGUCAGUCAUUCAUCACACAGAUGUUAAGGUCACAGUAUGCACAACAAAAUAAGAUGUUUUUCUGUAGCAGUUUUUGAAACCUUGAAUGUCAGAAGCAAUAUUUGUUAGUUGCAGGCUCAAAUUGGUCUCCCCAUGUCUCUUUUAAAGUGUCUGUGUUUGUCUUUUGGUCCACUAAGACUUAAACACUCCAUGCUUGUAAUGUCCAGUAGCAAAUUGUAAUGCUCUAAUGACCAGUAUUCAGAUAUUAUAGUGUAUAUCUAGUUUGUGUUGUUCCUUUACUAACUCAGUUGUGUUUUGUGUUCUGAGUGCGUUUCAUGAUUCACGGACAGACGUAUUGUCUGUGCAGCGUUAGAACACAACAAUAAGAGCAAGUCAUAGAUCUUUAAUGUCAGGCCAUCUCUGUGUGUCUUAUAAUAUCAAGCUGUUAAAGACUUUGCAAUGAGAAAAUGUAAUCACAGGUUUGAUUUGUUUUAUGUGAGUCUUGUUGUAGGUAUUCUCCAAAUCCCAUUAUGUCUCACAAAUCUUGAAUCUGAAGGCAGCAAGAGGUUGCUGUUGAAAAGAUAUACACCAUGACAGUGAUUCAUUUCAGAUAUAAUGUUGUUUGAAUAUUUUCGGGGGGAAUAUUUUUCAUAACCCCUAACAUUUAUCACUAACAUUACCUAAGUACUGUGUAAUGUUUUUUUGCACAUGAAGGAAGGUAAUGAUUCUUGUGCAAAGUUCUGCAUAUUUAAAUUGCAUAGUGACAGUGAUCAUUCCUUCAUACCACUGAACUUUGUACAUUAUUCUUAUUUGGUUCUUUAGUUAAAGCUAAUUUAUGAAAGUGUAAUUUUAUUUGAAUGAAUGUC